UUGAGCCCAAAUUUCUUUUAACCUUAAGGAAUUAGGCAUCUUUCAGUACUUCACUGUUUCCUUGAGACUUAAGUUCAGUCCUCUCAUAUAAUUUGCCAAUUGCCAGUGGCUUCCCCUCACUGGCUUCUGCCAUUCUACAUUAAUUGCCAAGAUUUGAAUCCAGAAAUUAUAGGAAAUAUUCAUGGCAUCACGGCUGCAAAUCGAGGGCGAUGCCUCAGUGCUGCUUCGAGUCACUCACUCCAACCUCAAAAGCUUCGCCGCUGACAUUCGCUUCUCUCUUCAGAUGAACGUGGAAGCAGUGAAAGAUAAGCUAUGGAAGAAAUGUGGGACUUCAGUAAAUUCAAUGCGGUUAGAGCUAUAUGAUGAUUGUAAAAAUAAACUUUGUGAUUUAAGCGAUGAUUCAAGACCUCUCGGUUUCUAUUCUCCACUAGAUGGGUUCCGACUACACAUUAUAGAUCUUGAUCCUUCAUCGGUAACUUCGGGAGGGUGGCUUGAAGAUACGUCAUUAGUCGAGAAGUACUCGAUUUCUGAAGAUGAAUACAAUAAACGUUCUGGUACAUUUAGGAAAUUCAAGGAACAGAUGGCAUCUCAAAAUCCAUCAGAAUUCAGGAAUAAAAUGUCAGAUGACUACAUGGGAGACCUCUGCUCAAAUAUCAAGGUAGGAGACAGAUGUGAAGUUGAUCCAGGGGAGAAAAGAGGUGUUGUCAAAUAUGUGGGUCGAGCAGAAGCAUUAGGGCCAGGCUUUUGGAUUGGAGUUCAAUAUGAUGAGCCAUUGGGAAAACAUGAUGGAAUAGUGAAAGGAACUCGAUAUUUUCAAUGCCCUCCACUUUGCGGUGCAAUGGUUAGGCCUGACAAAGUAAAGGUUGGUUACUAUCCUGAACGAGAUCCGUUUGAGGAGGAUGAGAUAUGAUGUGGUCGCGAAAGGGAACUGCUGCAUUUUUUGUUUCCAUGCAGUAUCAAUAACCUUACAGAUAUUGACAAUGAUAUUUGAGUUAAAUUUGGUGUGGGACUGACGUGUGAGACACGAAACUCUUAGAGAGAUUAUACCGGAGCAAUACUUUCCUAGAAUCUACUAUUAUUAAUAUGUGGUUCUUAUGUCUAAAUAAUAUAUCUUCCGAGUUCUUCCUGGAAUCUACUAUUAUUAAUAUAUGAUUCUUUCGUCUAAA